AUGGCGGGCGAGCGUCUCCCCGGCAACCCGCCGGUCCAGAUCGGCCCGCGCCUGCAGGCGUACCCCGAGGAGCUGAUCCGUCAACGCCGGGCACGCGACGGGCAGACGGAGCACCUGAUUCGCUGGCGCCUGGCGGACGCGACCUCUCCGCCGGGCGGCUCCCCGACGGAGAACGUCCUGAUGUGGAUGUCCGCGGAGGACGUGUACGCCAACUGCCCGUCGCUGCUGGGCGAGAGGAAAGCCCGCCCUACGCGGGAGAAGGCAGAAGAGUCGGGAACCUUCGACCGGGUGGAGCUUCGGGACAUGGAGGAGGACGUAAAGAAGCUAGUGCGCCGCGCCAGGACGCAGAUGUCCAAGGGCGGCGAGCCGUCUUCGCUGAGCGUGACGCACACCAUCCACGUGCUGAGCGCCUAUGCCGCCAUCGGGCCGCUGGCCGCCGUCUUCAAGGAGACGGGCGCCCUCAAUCUCCUUAUGGAGCUGCUGUGCCACAAGGAGACGCAGACCCGGCGCAGCGCUAGCAAGAUGCUACGCGCGCUAGCGUCCCACGACGCCGCACACGUGCUGCUGUCGUUGGGCCAGCAGGACGGCAUCGAGCAGCACAUGGACUUUGACAAUCGCUACACGCUGCUGGAAUUGUUUGCCGAAACCACGUCCUCUGAGGAGCACGGUAUCUCCUUUGAAGGCGUUCAUCUGCCGCAGAUUCCCGGGAAGCUGCUCUUCUCCUUGGUCAAGCGUUACCUGUGCGUCACGUCGCUGAUGGACAAACUCAACACGGCGGGAGCGGACUGGACCUCCGACAGACAGGAAGCCGGGAGCCCCGGCCUCGGCCCUGCCGCCUCCUCCGGACACUCCCGGCUACGACUGCGCUGCGAGUUUGAGUUAGCCAUGGCUAUGGCUAACCUGAUCUCCGAGCUGGUGCGCGUCUUGGGUUGGGAUCGUAAGCUCCCGCGAACAGAGGACGCGGCGGCGCCCACCUUCCGUUCGAUUUUCCGGCCUCGCUCCGGUCCCGCCCCCGCCGCGGAGGCCGCCGCCACCACCGAGAAGAAGGCGGAAACCGGUUACAAAACGCGCAACGACUUUCCCAGGCGCUCGGCGUACGUUGAGUACGUGCAGGAGCGUUUGAAAAGAGGCAUGACGGUGCGCAUGUUGGAGGACUACGAGGAAGUCAGCGUCGGGGACGAAGGAGAAUUCCGAUACAGCAACGAUGGGUCGCCGCCAGUUCAGGUGUACUGGAACGCCCUGUGCAGAACUUACUGGGUCCACUGGCACAUGCUGGAGAUUGUGGCGGGCGGCGAGAGCGGCGGCACCAACGGGACGACGGACAAGGACGCUCUGGAGAAGGUGUCGACCCUCACGCGGACUGUCAGGCUAGCGGCGGCCAGCCAGAGCAUGUUCUCCAAGCCCCCGGGUGGACUCUACGCGCCGCCUUACCUGUCGGAGCGCCCCGGGACGGGCGAGGCCGAAGGCGGGGCGACGCUGACUCGCGCUGAGUGGUGGGAGGUCCUCUUCUUCGUCAAGAAGCUGGAAGCCAAAGAGCAGCGCGAAGCCAUCCGACUACUGAUGCGUGGCGAGCAGGAGGUGGAGACGGACGACCCUGCGUUGCUGGGCCUGUCUGUACCGAGAGACGCCGCCGAGAAACUGGUACUCUACCUGGAGCGCCGCCUGCCGCCUUCCUGCCUGGGCGAGCUGCUCUGCUCGCACGCCCUGGCCAAACACUACCCGAGGUCCGGCGGGGACGACCCGAGGUCCGGGGACGACGCGUCCUCUUCCGGGUCGGCGUCCCUCUCCAAGCGGGCCAAGAAGGAAGCCCCGGACGACGCAGAGGGCGAGCUUCCCGCCGAGGUUUACGGGAGCUAUCCCGACGGGCUUGAGGAAAAGAUCAAGGUCUUUGACACGCCUCGCGUCCUGGCCAAGAAGACUCUGCCGGAGAAGGUGGAAGAGGUGGUGGACAUCCUCCAGAGAGGAACAUCCAGGCGGGACCCGCUCCAGACCUUGGCCGCGGUGGUCUUCAUCAACAGUCUGCUGGAGGACAAGACUCCUCAGGACAAGAACUCCUCCAGGAGCGACUCCGUCCAGAGCGCUCAGGACAAAGUGGUGAAGCUGUUGGUGGAACUCCUGGGCUCCUCGUGCAAGAACGUGGCGCCAUGCGCGCUGAGGAUGACUCACUCGCUCAUGCGUCGCUUCGAGUGGAGGGUCUCCUUCGCCACGGAGGGCGGCGUUAAAGCCGUGCUGACCCUCAUGCAGGAGAUGGCCGACGUGGUGAACCUGCAGCGUCUGGCGCUAGCGACGCUGAAGGUCCUGACAGGCGCCGCAAAGUACGGGGCGAGCGGCGGCGCCGGCGGGGGCAGCGUGCCCCCCGCCCUCUCCGAGUCGGCUUCUCAGAUGAUUCUGGAGAUCUUCGCCAGCAUCGUCUCGGCCACGCCUGAAGGUUCUGAAGGCCCGCUGGCCGCCAUCCCCGCCGCCCUGGACCUCAUGCUGAAGACCCCGGGGUGCGCGGCGGGCGUGUGCGACGGCCUGCUGGUGAUGGCGGCGCUGAUGUCCCACCAUAAAAGCUUGGCCUCGCAGUUUCUGUCCUGCGACCCCCCGGUCAUCCUUGAGAAGGUUCUAGCACUUUCAAACGGGACAACCAUGCUGGCAAAUGUUACUGAAGUAAGAGUAGUGUUACAUCCAAAUACAGUAAUAAUUACUUAAGUGAAAGUAGUCAUCCCUAAACGCCCAUCCCUGCACCUGAAGGUCUACCAAAGCCCAGACGUCUUUCAGGACCUCCUGCAUCUGAUGGAGCAGCAUCGGACGGAACGGAGUGUCCACCUGUCUGUUCUCAGGAUCCUCAACAAAUUCUUGGACAACUACCAGGAGGACGCUCUGCCCUGGCAUGACAGCGUCAAGCCCUGCUUGACGUCCAUGACCACGUUCAUCUCUGACAAAGAGGUCAUCCAGCAGCUGGUGUCCUUCCUGUACCGGGUGACGUGCGCCAACAAGGACUACGCCGUGGUCAUGUGUCGACUGGGUGCCAAAGAGGUUCUCAUCAAGGCUCAGGAGAAGCACGGUGCCGCCGUCCAUGCUGCCGCCGAGCUCCGAGACGUGGUCGCCGAUUGCGACAAAUACGCCAACCUGUACAACAGCAUGACCACCAGCGUGCUCGCCGGAUGCAUACAGAUGGUGUUGGGUCAGAUCGAGGAGCAUCGGCGCAGCCACGAGCCCAUUAACAUUCCGUUUUUUGACGUCUUUCUCAGGAAUCUUUGCCAAGGCUCUAGCGUAGAGUUGAACGAUGACAAGUGCUGGGAGAAGGUGGAGGUGUCCUCCAACCACCACCGAGCCAACAAGCUCAGCGACAAGAACAGCAAAACUUACUGGGAGUCCAACGGGCCCACCGGCUCGCAUUUCAUCAACAUCUUCAUGCACAGAGGCGUCCUCAUCCGCCAGCUCUCUGUCCUGGUGGCCGCCGAGGAUUCCAGCUACAUGCCGGCCCGGAUCCUGGUUCUGGCCGGGGACGACCCGCGCAACAUUAGCGUGGAACUCAACACGGUCAACGUGCCGACGUCAGCCAGUCGGGUGGUCCUUCUGGAGAACGUCAGCAGAUUUUGGCCCGUCGUACAGAUCCGCAUUAAGAGAUGCCAGCAGGGCGGUAUUGACACCCGGGUCCACGGCUUUGAGAUCCUGGGGCCAAAGAACACCUUCUGGCCCGUCUUCAAGGAGCAGCUGUGCCGUCGGACCUUCUUGUUCUACAGCACCAAAGCGCGCUCGUGGUGUCAGGAGGCGACGGCCGAUCGCUCACGGCUGCUGCGGCUCUUUGACAAGCUGAACAGCGCCCUCAGACACGAGCAGACGUUCGCAGAGCGCUUCCUGCCGGACGCCGAAGCCGCCGAAGCCUUGGGCCGAACCUGCUGGGAAGCGCUGGUGGCACCCGUCGUGCGCGCCAUCACCGCGGCAGAAUCUACCGGAUCCAGCCCGCUCUCGUGGCUGCUGGACAAGUACCUGGACAACUCCGACUCGGGGCGUCGCCGUCGACCAGCGGCAGUCUUUAACUCGCGCGUGAGACGCCUGACCCACCUCCUGGUGCACGUGGACGCCGCUUCGGCGGAAGGGGACCAGAUAAAACCUCCCGUCAAGUCUCAAGGAAAAGAAACCAAGAACAAAGAUGGCGCGGCGGGCUCCUCGUCUUCUUCCACAGUCAAACACGAGGAGAACAGCAGCGUCGUCGACAUCGCCCUCUGUUGGCAAGAGGUGGUACAGCAGCAGGUGAAGAGUUUUCUGGAGCAGAGCUGCGAGCGUGAUGACUUUGUGGAGCGUUACCGCUCUUUGUACACGCGUCUGAAGAAAGCCACAGAGGAGCUGUUCGGCCAGCGGACGGCUUUCGCGCUAGCCCUGCGACAAGGCUUCUCCGCCGCCUUGGUACAGCUCUCCAUACUCAGAGCCAUGCGUGUGAGCGAGCGUUUUGCUCAGUACGUGGACCAGAUGUUGCAGGACGGUGGCGUGGUGUCGGGCGGGUCCCAAACGCUGGAGCGACUUCAGCAAUUUUUGGAGCCCGUGCUCUUCCUGUCGGGCCUAGAGCUGGCCAACACCUUCGAGCACUUUUACAGGUACUACCUGGCUGACCGCCUGCUGGCACGAACCAACGUGUGGCUGGAAGCUUUCGUGGCAGAGCAGCUGGGCCCCUGCUUCCCUAACCGCUUCCCUCAGCAAAUGUUGAAGAACCUGAGCGAGUCGUCCGACCUGCGACACGACUUCCACCUCCACCGCCUGCAGCAGCUGGACCGAGCGCUGCACAGCCAACAGAUGGAUGACGACGAAGAGGAGCAGGUGGAAGAGUGCGAGGAAGAGGGGAUGGAGGAAGAAGAGGAACCGGACGUGGAGGUGCUUCUUCUGUCUCCUCGCUGCUGGAGCGUCUCGUCCUUGUGCUUCAUGGACGAACCCUCGCUCCGCUUCCCGGCCCGUCUCUGCACCUACCUGGAGCAGUUUGCGCAAUUCUACUGCCACAGUCAAUUGACGCGCGGCGGGGGUCAUUGCAAGCCCGGCGCCAUCCAGUGGACGUGGCUGGGACACGCCGACGUCGCUUUUGGCUCUUUGACGCUUCACGUGUCUACGCUGCAGAUGUUCAUCCUGCUUCAAUUUAAUAAACAGGAGGAAGUGACGGUGGCGUCUUUGAUGGAGAGGUGUGGCCUUUCCAAAGAGAUGCUGCUUCACUCUCUGCAGCCUCUGAUUGAAGAAGGACCGCUCCGAUGUAGCCACCCGCAAGACCCUUUCCAAGGUGUUUUGCAGGUAAAACAAGAUGUGGCGCACGGCCCGUCCAGGCGCCUGGAGCUUCAACCGCGGCAGACCUACUUGAACGUGGACCGAGACGCCGCUGCCACACUGGAAACCAAGAGAAACGUCAUUUACUGCCUCAUUGUCAAUAUCCUCAAGCAGGAGAAGGAGAUGCACAUCGACAACCUCGUCUACAAGGUUCUCCAUUCGUGCCACCGGGGAGAAGCGGGCCGUUCUCCCGGCGCCGGUCCGGGGGGCUUCAGCUGCAGCACGGGGGACGUCUUGUCCUGCAUCAUGCACGUGAUGAGCAAAGGAUGCGUCCGCAGGAACCCGGAUCAGCCUCACAUGGUGGAGUUCCUCCCCGACGACCCGGCCACGCCGCACAAGGGAUACGCGCAACUGGACCUGAGAGGCAGCAGCACACCGUCGCCGCCCGGCUUGUUUUCCAACGGCGCUGUGGCGGACUGCGCUCUCUUCUCCAGCAGUCGCAGCAUGACGCCUGACGAAGUGUCCCAGCUGAUGCGCACCACCGUCCGGCAAGUGGCGGACACGCUGAGCGUGGACCCGGAUAGGGCCGAACACCUCCUGGUUCACUGCGGCUGGAACGCCGACCUGCUGGUGCGACGCUACACGGACGACCCUGAUGGUGCCGCCGCGGCCGCCGGCCUCAGAUGUCCGGACCCCGGUCCGCCACCCGACCCGGAGUCCGCUUGCCCCGUUUGCCUGGUCCCUGGCGGCGCCGAGGACCCUCCGCCUUCACUCAGCUGCAUGCACUACUGCUGUCGGUCGUGCUGGCGGGAGUACCUGAGCGCACGUAUCGAGCAGAACCUGGUCAGCAACUGUAACUGUCCCAUACCUGACUGCCGGGCCCAGCCCACGCCGCUGUUCUUCCUCGCCAUCGUCACCGACAAAGACACUGUUGCCAAGUAUGAGAAAGCGCGUCUGCGAGGCUUCGUGGAGUCGUGCUCCAACCUGACGUGGUGCACCAACCCUCAGGGAUGCGACCAGAUCCUCUGCAAGGAGAACAUGGGCAACACGGGAACCUGCUCCAAGUGCGGCUGGUCGUCUUGCUUCAGCUGCAACUUCCCUGAGGCGCACUAUCCGGCCAGCUGCGGUCACAUGUCCCAAUGGAUGGACGACGGCGGCUUCUACGAGGGCAUGAGCGCUGAGGCACAAAGCAAACAUCUGGCCAAACUCAUCUCCAAGCGCUGUCCGAGCUGCCAGGCGCAAAUCGAGAAGAACGAAGGCUGCCUCCAUAUGACCUGCACCAAAUGCAACCACGGCUUCUGCUGGCGCUGCCUGAAAGCGUGGAAGCCGACACACAAGGACUACUACAACUGCUUCGCUACGGUGAGUAAAGUGGCGCGACACGAGAAGAAGUUUCAGGAUUUUAACGAGAGAUGCGCCUUCCAGCACCGGGCUAAGGACUUUGCCGUCAGCCUGGAAAAGAAGGUGUCGUCCAUCGAUGAAGCGUUGCAGAUGAAGUCCCUGACCUUCGUCAUUGACGCUUGCAAGACUUUGGCGCAGGCUCGAAAGGUCCUGGGCUACUCGUGUGUGUACAACUUCUACAACCAAGACGGCGACAAGAUGGACGUGAUGGAGCAGCAGGCGGACGCUCUGGACCUGCACACCAACUCUCUGCAGAUCCUGCUCGAGGGGACGCUGUUGCAGUGCAGCGACCUGGCCUCCUGCGUACGUCUGUUGAAAGCCGAACACCUAAACACCGGCCUGGAACUGAUGCGGCGCAUACAGGAGCGCUCGCUGGCCAUAUUGCAGCAUUCCACCCAGGACUUCCGCGUGGGCUGUCGCUCCCAAAACGUCCGGGAAGAGGAAAACGCGUCCGACUCAAUCAACCGACGCUCGACUGACGGCGAAGCCUCAAAACCCGACGUAGACAACAACAACUACAACGACGACGACGACAGCGACGACCCGGAUUACGAGGAGGACGAGGAUUACGUGCCCGAGUGGCACGAGGACUACGAGGAUUACGAUGACGAAGAAGAGAUCGACGAGGGCGAAUUCUUCUCCGACAGCGAGGUCUCCGACAACCUGGAUCGGGACUUCAGCCCCUUCGAAUGA